AUGGCAGCCGCCGCCGCGUCUGCUGCGCUCGACCCGAGCAACAGCACUAAGAACACCCUGAAGUUGGAAAAUACCGAGAAGCGUGACUCCCUGAUCGCAAUUGAGAAGCGUUACCAGGCACAAUGGAAGAAAGACAAGGUCUUCGAAGUCGAUGCCCCCUCCUUCGCCGAGGUGCCACAGGGCUCCAUGUCCGCCGCCGAGCUGCGUGAGAAACACCCCAAGUUCUUCGGUACCAUGGCCUACCCUUACAUGAACGGUACCCUGCACGCCGGGCACAGUUUCACGGCCAGUAAGGUCGAGUUCAUGACCGGUUUCGCUCGCAUGGAGGGCAAGCGCGCCCUCUUCCCGCUCGGUUUCCACUGCACCGGUAUGCCUAUCAAAGCCUGUGCCGAUAAGCUGCGCGACGAGGUGAAGAUGUUUGGCCAGAACUUUGAGGGCUAUAAGGAGGAGGAAGAGGCUCCUACCCCUGCGGCGCCCACCCAGGAGUCCAAGCCGGAGGUCAAGGAGCAGGCCGAGAAGUUCUCUGGAAAGAAGAGCAAGGCCGCUGCCAAGACCGUGAAGAUGAAGUACCAGUUCCAGAUUAUGCUGGCUAUCGGUGUCCCUCUCGAGGAUAUCCACAAGUUCGCCGAUGCCAACCACUGGCUCCACCACUUCCCUCCCCUCGCCAUUCGUGACCUCGACAGCAUGGGUGCCCGCGUCGACUGGCGGAGACAGUUCGUCACCACUGAUGCCAACCCUUACUACGAUGCCUUUGUUCGCUGGCAGACGAAUCGCCUUCACGAGCUGGGCAAGAUCAUGUACGGUAGCCGUUACACCAUCUACUCGCCUAAGGACGGCCAGCCGUGCAUGGACCACGACCGUACCGAGGGUGAGGGUGUUGGUCCCCAGGAGUACACUGCUCUGAAGCUCCAGGUGAAGGAGUGGUCCCCCAAGAUGGCGGAGGCCAUCAAGGGCAAGAUUGAGGACGAUGCCAAGGUCUACUUUGUUCCGGCUACUCUGCGUCCCGAGACCAUGUACGGUCAGACAAACUGCUUUGUUGGACCCAAGAUUAAGUACGGUCUAUUCAAGCUGAAGGAGAAGGAGUACGUCGUGGUCACCAAGCGUGCUGCUUGGAACAUGGCUUUCCAGGGCCACUUCUUCGGCAGCGAGAGCUUCCCCAAGUCCCAGGACCAGCUGCCAAUGGUCUACGAGGCUCCUGGCUCUGACUUCGUUGGUACUCUUAUCAAUGCCCCUCUCUCCUUCCACACCGAGGGUGUGUACAUUCUGCCCAUGGAGAGUGUCUCUGCUGCCAAGGGUACCGGUGUCGUUACUUCCGUGCCCUCGGACAGCCCUGACGACUAUGCGACCCUGAUGGACCUGCAGAAGAAGGCCGACUACUACGGCAUCAAGAAAGAGUGGGCCUCCAAGGAGAUUCACCCCCUGAUCGAUACCCCCACCUACGGCAACUUGACUGCCCCUACUCUCGUCAAGCAGCUGAAGAUCAACUCGCCCAAGGACGUCACCCAGCUGGCCCAGGCCAAGGACCUCGCCUACACGGAGGGCUUCUACAAGGGCACCAUGCUUGUUGGUGAGUUCAAGGGCGAGGCCGUCAGCGCUGCCAAGGACAAGGUCCGCAAGUCUCUGUACGACAGCGGUGAUGCUUUCCCCUUUGCCGACCCCAUGGGUAAGGUUGUCAGCCGUAGCGGCGAUGAUUGCGUUGUCGCCUACCUUGGCCAGUGGUUCUUGAACUACGGCGAGAACGACGCCCAGUGGCAGGCCGAGACCCUGAACCACGUUGUCACCGACCUCAACACCUACUCCCCCGAGACCCAGCACGGUUUCGAGAAGAACCUGUCCUGGCUCAACCGCUGGGCUUGUGCCAGAACCUACGGUCUUGGAUCCAAGCUGCCCUGGGACCAGCAGUUCCUGGUUGAGUCUCUGUCUGACAGCACUGUCUACAUGGCCUACUACACCAUUGCCCACCUUCUGCACGGCGACCGCUACGGCAAGACCGUUGGUUCCCUGAACGUGACUGCUGACCAGAUGACCGAUGAAGUCUGGGACUAUGUCUUCUGCCGCCGAGAGAUCAGCGAUGACCUGAUCUCCAAGAGCGGUAUUAACAAGGAUGCUCUGCAGCAGAUGCGCCGCGAGUUCGAGUACUGGUACCCCCUGGAUGUUCGUGUCUCCGGCAAGGACUUGAUCCAAAACCACUUGACCUUCUUCCUGUACAUCCACGUCGCUCUCUUCCCCAAGGAGUACUGGCCCCGUGGUAUCCGUGCCAACGGCCACCUGCUGUUGAACGGCGAAAAGAUGAGUAAGAGCACAGGUAACUUCCUUACUCUGAAGGAUUCCGUCGACAAGUUCGGUGCCGAUGCUACCCGUAUCGCUUUCGCCGACGCUGGUGACAGUAUUGAGGAUGCCAACUUCGAGGAAUCUGUUGCCAACAGCAAUAUUUUGCGUCUGUUUACCCUCAAGGACUGGAUUGAGGAAAUUACCAAGGACGAGUCCCUGCGCACCGGCCCUGCUGAUGCUUUCGCCGACAAACUCUUCGACAACGAGCUUAACACUCUGGUCCGUGAGACUCAGAAGCACUACCGCAACACCGAUUUCAAGCUUGCUCUGAAGUCUGGUCUCUACGACUUCACCAGUGCCCGUGACAGCUACCGUGAGAUGGCAACAGCCGCCGGUGUUGGCAUGCACAAGGAUGUCGUUCUGCGCUACAUCGAGCUGCAGGCCCUCAUGCUCGCCCCCAUCGCUCCUCACUGGGCCGAGUAUGUGUGGCUCGAGGUUCUCAAGAAGUCCUCGUCCAUCCACCACGCCCGGUUCCCCACUGUACCCGAGGGCUCGCCCGAGCUGUCCGCCGCUCAGCAGUACGUCCGUGGCACCUCCUCGAACAUUCUGUCCUCAGAGUCCAUGUUCGUCAAGCGUCUGUCCAAGGGCAAGACCGUGAACUUCAACCCGCGCGAGCCGAAGAAGCUCACCAUCUACGCCGCCAAGAAGUUCCCCGCCUGGCAGGAGAAGUACAUCGACCUGGUGCGCGAGGCCUUCGACAGCAUGAGUAUCUCCAUCAAUGACAAGGAGCUCAACGCCAAGGUCGGUAAGCUCGGCGAGAUGAAGAAGGCCAUGCCCUUCGUGCAGACUCUCAAGCGCCGCCUGGUGCAGGUCCGCGAGGACCCCAAGGCUGUCUUCGAGCGCAAGCUGCCCUUCGACGAGUUUGCUAUUCUCGCUGAGAUGGUUGAUGGUCUUAAGCGUACUGCUGGCUACAAGGAGGUUGAGAUCGUUGCUGUUGAGGAGGGUGGUAAGUCUGGUGAGGUUGUUGGUACUGGUGAGAAGAGGGAGGGUCUCUCGGCUGAGAAUGCUGUGCCUGGAAACCCUACCUUCCAGUUCUCCAAUGUUGCCGCGUAG